AAGCACGCACACCGCCUGGCCCGCCCGCGAAAGUGUUCAGCGGGCGCGCGAGUAACGUUUUGGAAGAGAGGUCACAGAUAAAUCUUUCGAAUUGUUAAUAACUUCCUAGCCAAAAAUGCCGGAAGAAACACGUGGGAAAGUCAUCGACGGAAAGGCUAUUUCAGCGGAAUAUCGGGCCGAACUGAAAGAUGAAGUCGCAAAAUUGAAAGCAGAGCAUCCAGGCUUUGCACCUGGACUGGCCAUUGUGCAGAUUGGCGACAGGGAUGAUUCCAAUCGGUACAUCAAGCACAAGCUGGCUGCGGCAGAGGAGAUUGGUAUUACUGCUAACCACUACAAGCUGUCAAAGGAAUCAACAAUCCAACAGGUAUUGAGCAAGAUCGAGGAUCUGAACAAUGACCCUACAGUCCAUGGGAUCAUUGUGCAGAUGCCACCAGAUUCAGUGGUGCCCAUGGACCAAGACACGUUAGCCAAUGCUGUCGUCCCUACCAAGGAUGUUGAUGGGUUACACGUGCACAACGCUGGUAAAUUGGCCAGAGGGGAGCUGGACUCGUGCUUCAUUCCCUGCACUCCCAAAGGCUGCAUGGUACUCCUUGACCGCAGCGACGUGAAAGUUGAAGGCAAGCGAGCUGUGGUGAUGGGACGCAGUAAAAUAGUCGGUGCCCCGAUGUCUGACCUGUUACGAGGCCACCACGCAACGGUUACCGUCUGCCAUUCACGCACCCAGGUCCCAGCUUCUGUGGUUGCUGAGGCAGAUAUUGUGAUUGUGGCCAUCGGCAAAGCGCGCAUGGUCAAGAGAGACUGGAUCAAAGAUGGCGCUGUGGUUAUUGACUGUGGCAUCAACUUCAUUGAAGAUGCAACUGCCAAGAGUGGUCGGCGUCUAGUAGGGGACGUGGACUACAACGACGUGAAGGAGGUGGCCUCCCAGAUCACCCCGGUACCCGGCGGCGUGGGACCAAUGACCGUUGCCAUGCUGAUGAGCAACACGCUAGAGGGCGCCAAGCGGGAGCUGAAGACCGCGAAAAACAGCAACCUGUGGAGGAUGCGAUACCUUCCCCUGACCCCCCUGGAUCCCGUUCCCUCGGAUAUCGACGUCUCCAGGGCCCAGACACCCAAAGACGUUUCAGAGCUUUCUCAAGAACUGAGCCUCCUGCCGUCUGAGAUUGACUUUUACGGCAAGAAGAAGGCCAAGGUCUCGCUGAGCAUACUUGACCGUCUCAAGGACCAAUCCAACGGGAAGUAUGUCGUGGUUGCCGGCAUCACUCCGACACCACUAGGGGAAGGCAAGAGCACUACAACCAUCGGAUUGUGCCAGGCCCUAGGAGCACAACUCAAGAAGAAUGUCUUUGCCUGCGUCCGUCAGCCGUCCCAGGGACCCACGUUUGGCAUCAAGGGGGGCGCGGCAGGGGGCGGCUACUCACAGGUCAUUCCAAUGGAGGAGUUCAAUCUGCACCUGACCGGUGACAUCCAUGCCAUCACGGCCUCCAACAACCUCCUAGCGGCCGCCAUCGAUGCCAGGAUGUUCCACGAAGCCACGCAGACGGACAGCGCCCUCUAUGGCCGGCUAGUGCCAUCCAAGAACGGAGUCCGGAAAUUUUCACCGAUUCAGAUGAACAGACUCAAGAAACUUGGCAUUGAUAAGACAAACCCUGAUGAAUUGACCGAAGAUGAGAUCUGUAAGUUUGCCCGUCUGGAUAUUGAUCUGUCAACACUCACCUGGCAAAGAGUGAUGGACACCAACGACCGUUACCUGCGCAAGAUCACCAUCGGCCAAUCGCCGACGGAGAAAGGCAUCACCAGGACGGCCCAGUUUGACAUCACGGUGGCCAGUGAGAUCAUGGCCAUCUUGGCGUUGACCACGAACCUUGGCGAUAUGAGGCAGAGGCUGGGUAGGAUCGUGGUGGCUAGCGACAAGUCGGGGAAUCCCGUGACGGCUGAGGACGUUGGCGUGAGCGGCGCUCUGACUGUGCUCAUGAAAGACGCUAUAAGGCCCAAUCUCAUGCAGACGCUUGAGGGGACCCCAGUGUUUGUGCAUGCGGGGCCUUUUGCUAACAUCGCCCAUGGCAACUCAUCCAUUCUAGCUGACAAGAUUGCCCUGAAGUUGGUUGGACCGGAUGGAUUUGUUGUGACCGAGGCAGGCUUUGGUGCUGACAUAGGCAUGGAGAAGUUCUUCAACAUCAAGUGUCGUUACUCAGGUCUGCAGCCCAACGCUGUCGUGUUAGUUGCCACAGUACGAGCUCUGAAGAUGCACGGUGGGGGACCAACAGUUUUGGCAGGCCAGCCUUUGCCCAAAGAAUACAAUGAAGAGCAUCUGGACCUGGUCCAGGAGGGAUUCUGCAACCUGCGUAAACAGAUUGAAAAUGCGUCCUUCUUUGGAGUGCCAUGCGUUGUGGCCAUCAACAGAUUUAGAUCUGACACCGACAAGGAGGUGGAGUUGAUCCAGCGUUUGUCCAAGGAGGCUGGAGCGUUUGAUGCAGUGGCCGCAACUCAUUUCACCCAUGGUGGUGCCGGGGCAGCUGACUUAGCGAGAGCCUUAGAGAGAGCUUGCCAACAACCCAGUGACUUCAAGUUCCUUUAUGACCUCCAGAUACCCAUUGAGGACAAGAUCGCAACAAUCGCUCGUAAAAUCUACGGAGCGGACGGCAUCGAACUCUCUGAGGAUGCCCAGAAGGCGGUCAACCGUUACCGCAGCCAAGGGUUCAACGACCUACCCAUCUGCAUGGCUAAGACACACCUGUCCCUGUCACAUGACCCGACAAAGAAAGGCACCCCUACAGGAUUCACCUUACCCAUCAGAGACGUCAGGGCUAGUGUCGGAGCCGGAUUCCUGUAUCCAUUAGUUGGAACGAUGAGCACAAUGCCUGGCCUUCCCACAAGACCUUGCUUCUUUGACAUCGACAUUGACCCCGAGACAGAGGUCAUCACUGGCUUGUUCUGAAAGGUCAUAUCCAUGCACAACUCCUUGAGGUACGCGCUGAUUUUCUUCUUUUUUUUCAUUUGAUUUUUCAGAAUCAUGUGGUACCAGUUCACUCUUGAUUCAGUUACAUUGAGAUCAUAUGUUUUUUUUUAAAACUAAUUAACAAUAUGUGACCUGUUCUGUCAAAAGCAGAUGUUUCUGGGCAGAGGUUGAAAUUGAAAACGCUGUGG